AUAAGAUUAGGUUGCGCGCAUUGGAGGCCGUCGUCUGCUGCUGUAAUUCGGCUACAGUGGGAAGGAAAAUAUUGUUUUAAAACGACUUUUACCCACUCGCGAAUAAUCAGUUUCGCACGGAUUUUACGCCACCGCUUUAUUACGGAGAACGCUUUUCGUAGGAAGGGUAGACCGGGACAGGGAGUCGAUUAGCGGCCCAUGCAGCCUUAACGAGCCCGUGAGACACCAUCAAAUCACCGAAGAAGGUAACCCCUCACCCCCCUUUCCUCUCCUGUUUCCUAAACAUCUAUGCCCCCUGCCCCCUCAUAAUCAGCCCAGAGACCCAGUUAGGAACUUUGGGUCUGUUCCUCCCCAUUCUCCUAGCCUCCAUCUGUCUCUCUAACUCCACCUGCCCAGACUGACCGCUCAUCGGACACCCCAAGAAAAAAAAAAACAUGUCCUCCAUCUUGCCUUUCACUCCGCCCGUGGUGAAACGUCUGCUGGGUUGGAAGAAGUCUGCUAGUGGUUCAAGCGGAGCAGGAGGUGGUGGAGAGCAAAACGGCCAGGAGGAGAAGUGGUGCGAGAAGGCAGUCAAAAGCCUGGUAAAGAAGUUGAAGAAAACUGGCCAACUGGACGAGCUGGAGAAGGCCAUCACCACACAAAACCGCAACACCAAGUGUGUCACCAUUCCCAGCAAUUGCUCUGAAAUUUGGGGACUGAGUACACCAAAUACGAUAGAACAGUGGGAUACCUCAGGCCUUUACAGCUACCCUGACCAAACCAGAUCUCUGGACGGGCGUUUGCAAGUGUCUCACCGUAAAGGUCUGCCUCAUGUCAUCUACUGCCGCCUGUGGCGAUGGCCCGACCUGCACAGCCAUCACGAGCUGCGCGCCAUCGAGACCUGCGAGUAUGCUUUCAACCUCAAGAAGGAUGAAGUCUGCGUCAAUCCCUACCACUACCAGCGGGUGGAGACACCAGUUCUUCCUCCUGUUCUCGUGCCAAGACACACGGAGAUCCUGACUGAGUUGCCACCUUUGGACGACUACACCAACUCCAUACCUGAAAACACCAACUUCCCAACAGGGAUCGAGCCCCCCAACAAUUACAUACCAGAAACUCCUCCACCGGGAUACAUCAGUGAGGAUGGGGAGGCCAGUGACCAGCAAAUGAAUCAAAGUAUGGACACAGGUUCUCCUGCAGAACUGUCACCAAGCACACUCUCGCCUGUCAAUCAUGGCAUGGACCUGCAGCCAGUGACUUACUCAGAGCCUGCGUUUUGGUGCUCCAUAGCUUACUAUGAACUUAACCAGCGGGUUGGAGAAACAUUCCACGCCUCUCAGCCUUCCCUCACCGUGGACGGCUUCACAGACCCCUCCAAUUCAGAGCGAUUCUGCCUGGGCUUGCUGUCCAACGUCAACCGCAACGCCACCGUCGAGAUGACCCGAAGACAUAUAGGACGAGGAGUCAGGCUGUAUUAUAUUGGUGGGGAAGUGUUUGCUGAAUGUCUUAGCGAUAGCGCCAUCUUUGUUCAGAGCCCGAACUGUAAUCAGAGGUAUGGCUGGCAUCCUGCAACAGUCUGUAAAAUCCCCCCAGGCUGUAACCUGAAGAUCUUCAACAACCAGGAGUUUGCAGCAUUGCUGGCUCAGUCGGUGAACCAGGGGUUCGAGGCUGUUUAUCAGUUGACCAGGAUGUGCACCAUUCGCAUGAGUUUUGUCAAAGGCUGGGGAGCAGAGUACAGACGGCAGACAGUGACGAGCACCCCCUGCUGGAUCGAGCUGCAUCUGAACGGGCCCCUCCAGUGGCUGGACAAGGUUCUGACCCAGAUGGGCUCUCCCUCCGUACGCUGCUCCAGUAUGUCCUAAACCCAGCUCUCUGUACUCUGCCCACCCCAAAACAAUCACAUCAAGCGACAACUCGAAGAACAACAGACUUACGAUGCCCCCCUCGCUCCUUUCUCUUUCAUAGUACUCGUGAGCCUUUCUUCUAUCCUCUUCUCUAUCCUCUCGACACUGAUGUUCGGACCCGAACGCAGCACUUGCUGUCUCAUCAGCUUCAUGCACCUUUGAUUCUCUCUUGUUUUCUUUCAUAAACCCUCAAUAUUAAAUGUAUUAGUAGUAGAAUUUGAAAUGUAUAUUGGUUUUUAUUUGAUUUUUACGGUUUUCGAGAAGGAGGGAAGGUGCGUAUGUUGUGUGGAAGUUCAAGAAGGCAGUACAUGACUUCACACACACGUGUAGCAGUAAGGCUUUCUCCCCCCCACCCCGAUGAAGUAAAUACUCGGAUACGAACGACGCCGGUGCUCCCAAUCCGCUCGUUCAAGGAGGUUACUUUUUCUGGCAAAAAGUUACGUUCUUUUUUUUAUUUUAUACACGUUAUAAUUGUGUAGAUUGACGCGGUAAGACUUAAUCAUGGUUUUCAAUUUUCUUCAGCAAUGCCAAAAGACACUUUUUAUUUUGCUUUAUUUUUUAUUUUGAACCAUUUCUUCCCCCAAACCACUAUAUAUAUAUAUAUAUAUAUAUAUAUAUAUAUAUAUAUAUAUAUAUAUAUAUAUAUAUAUAUAUAUAUAUAAAUAAAUAAAAGAAUGUUGCCUUUGAUUUGAGGUAUGCUGCUGUAAGACAUGCUUCUUUUAUUCGAACUGAUAGGAAUGUUUAACGAGAAACGUUUAAUUCGAUCCUUCGGAAUUAGCUAUUUAUUCACUGGGUGAAAUCUCCGCUAGCCGUGGAGUGUUUUCGGAGUCUGGCUUCCUCAGAAAGUGGCUUUUAAGGAUGAACGAAAUUUCUUAUUGUCUCGCGCAAUACAAAUCUUUCAACAAAAUAUAAUAAACAAACAAAUCCAAGUAUUUAAGCUUUAAGUGUUAAUAAACUAGGUUAUCCUUCACACAAUUACAAGAUUGUUUUUCCCUUUAUCUUUCUUUUAGCUACUUUUUGUAUUUUCAUGUAUUUUUAUAUAUAAAUAUAUUUAAGAUCUUUAAAGCUCUCUUCCUUUUUAUUAGAAUUGAAUAUUUUUUUAGAUCAUGCCCUCUUUUUAAAGGAACAUGGCUUCAUAAUGAAAUGUCCUAUCAUACGAAAAUCAUUAUUUAGCAUGAAAUUUUUAUAAGCGCAAAUAUCUUUUUGCUCCUCUUCCUCCGCUUUUUUCACGGUUACCGUUUCGCCCUGAUCUCGAUCCCUCUGAAAUGCAUCUGAUUUUCUUUUUUAAGUUGCUUCGUUCACAAUACUGUAUAACCUACCUCCCCUUAAAAGUACAGUUACCAAAAUGGGAAAUUCAGCCUACGGUAACAUUGCGGGUUUUAUUUGUUUGCAAUUGGGGAAAAAAAAAUCGAAAAAAAGACUUCCAAACAGGUUGCUUUUACAGGGAGAACUGUGCAACUUUAGUGUGCGUGCUCGUUGUACAACUUUUACUAAUGACUGUGAUAUAGCUGUCUGUUAUUCUUUACUUGUUGUGGCAGUGACCAGGCGUUGCAAAUAUUCAUUCCCUUCUUUCCACCUUUGUCUCCGUAUUUUCCUUCAUCCAUCUUUACUACUCUUGCGAUUGUACUUUAAGUGCAUCUAGAAAAAAAAAAGCUGACAAAGAUGUUGUGGCCCAUUUUUAAAGCCGAUAAGUGGCCAAUAAGACACUGGGAACAUUCUGUUUGCCAUUAUUAUUAUUAUUUUUUUGACUGAGUGUGGAAAGAAAACCAAAUAGAACUGAAAGUGGACCAGACAUAUAUGCAUAUAAAUGUGUAUAUAUAAUUUUAUUUUACUUUUUUUUCUGUUAUUUUUUUCUCCUUUUUUUUUUGCAAAGCAUUUAACAGUUGGUGAGCUUGUUUUACCAUUAGAGAGAUGUAUUGGUAGGACGUGAACUUCAGGCGAUAAGCUUUUCAGGCGUGUUGCAUAUGCAGACUUCAUAAAUACACUAAUAAAAGUUUUAAUUCUCAUGUUAA